AUGACUCUGCUACAUCAAGUGGGGUUAAUACUCAUCGCAGCGACAGCAGCAUACCAGGUUUCGGCAGAAUGCUGUACAUCAGAAACGAAUUCAGAAUUUUGCUUAGUAUUCUCAAUGUUGUCGACAAUGGAGCAGUCAGAAGUCAUGAAUUACCUAGGUGCAAACUGUGACGGCGACGCCGAACAGGCGCUUCAGAAAUUGGAAAAGAGAAAGCCAAAUUUUAUGCGAUAUGGUCGAUCAGCAGCACUCACGAUGGGCAAGAAAGGUUCAGACCCGAACUUCCUCCGAUUCGGACGCGCUCAACCAAACUUCUUGCGAAUCGGAAAAGCGAGCGGAGACCCGAACUUCCUUCGUUUCGGCCGCAGUGAUCCAAACUUUUUGCGAUUCGGCAAAUCUGCCGCUGAUCCAAAUUUUUUGCGAUUCGGAAAAAGAUCAGCAGACCCAAACUUUUUGAGAUUCGGUCGCUCAAUAAACUUUGAUCGGGAAUCGCGAAAGCCCAACUUUUUGCGAUUCGGAAAGUAA